AGGGACGAGUUCGAACCAGCUCUCUUGUCCGGGCGAAAUGUGAUGGUGUUUUCUGGUGUUCAGCUUCGAAGUCUUGGUCGUACAGAUGUUCAUUUACGCCGGGAGUGUGUCACGGAGACUCACUGUGAUUGGAGAAAGUGCUCUGAAUAAGUUUGGUGUUUUUUAUCGAUUGUCGGAGAAGAAUUGAUCAGGAGCGGUGUAAAACGUGUCCAGAUGGCGACCGCGUGAACGACUCCCCUGCACCAAGCACGCGAUUCCUGCCACACCUCACGCCCUCGAACCCGUCACCAUUCCCCCCCACCGCACUCGCACCAUGUCGGACUCCGAGGACGAGGCGGUGGAGAGGCAGGUCAAGAUCGUCCUCGUAGGUCCUCCUCAGGUUGGCAAGACGUCGUUGGCGCUGAGGUACACCCAGGACACGGUCAACAAGGGCUACCAGGCAUCGAUGGGGGUAGACUUUUACUUAAAACGCCUCGUGCUCGGGAGUGAGAGGAACGUCAAUGUCCAAAUAUGGGACGUCGCUGGUUCGUCGCUGGCUGGCAAGAUGACUGACAAGUACCUCUACGGCGCCCACGCGAUCAUGAUGGUGUACGACGUGACCGUGAGCCACACCCUCGACUCCCUGCAGGACUGGGUCGCCGCCGCCCGCAGAGCAGGCCGGGCGCAGGAGAGGCCGCCCAUCCUCGCCCUGGUGGCUAACAAGGCGGACCUCGAGCAUACACGCCAGGUAAAGAGCGAGAGACACCACAGGUUCGCCAGCGAGUACGGGAUGGUGUCAUAUGUUGUGUCAGCGAAAACGGGCGAGGGAGUGGCACUCGCGUUCCAGAAGGUCGUCGCGGAGCUCCUGGGCGUGCGUCUAACGAAAGCCGAGCAGGAGCAGCAGCAGCCGGUCGUCACAGCUGAGAUCGUCACGUACCAGGAAGGAGCGAUUCCUAAAAUUCCCGUUCCUGCCACUAAUUCCAGUUCUACCGUGUGUAGUGUCAUGUAGUUCUUUUCCAUUUUCGUUUUCUUUCCUAAAAACCGUUUGAUCCAAUCUCCUUUACGUUUUCUUUCUUAAUACCGUUUUCCUAGAACCGUUUUCCUAAAACCGUUUGUCUCUUCUGUGGGAUUUCUACACGGAUAUAUAUAUAAGAUGAAUUUUGUUAAUGAAUCUGACUGUUGUUACGGAUAGGUUUUUGAGAAUGAGUCAGAUUUGGAAAAAAAAGAACAUUGAUCGCGUUUUCUGUGAUCCCUUUGUUGGCAGACCAUGGGAUUCGGUAAGGAAGCGGUCACACUAGUCUUGUCUAUUCGGGGAUCCCCCUAUAGACCGCGGUACGUACCCGGGUUUGUGGGUUACCGAGUUGCAAGUGUGCCUAUUAGGAGAUCCCCCGCGGUACGUGUUUAGUGUGAUCGUUGUUUUAAUGAUUGCUUGCAUUUAGGGAAACUUUACACUUGGGCAUUCUCUGGCUUUUUAUUUGCCUCUGUCUCUGUAUGUCUGUCUGUCUGUCUGUUAUUCUCUCUCUCUCUCUCUCUCUCUCUCUCUCUCUCUCUCUCUCUCUCUCUCUCUCUCUCUCUCUCUCUCUCUCUCUCUCUCUCUCUCUUCCUCUCUCUCUCUCUCUCUUUCUCUCUCUCUUCCUCUCUCUCUCUCUGCUCGCCUGUUUUUCUCUCUCUCCCUCACCUCGCCAGGCGUUAUUUCGGACGACCUGUAAUGCAGCUGUUGUAAAAAGGUAAAGAGUAAUUUUAGAGUGACAAGAAAACAAAUACAAGGAUGUCACACUUCCAAUACACUAAAUCUGAUACACACAUUCAAGGCACAAAAUGUAUAAUUUCUAUAGAUAAGUCGUGUAUUUUGAAGAAAAAAACUGUACAUUGGAAUGACACAUGCUGUAUGUAGAAUAUACAUUAGUUAUUUAUUGUGUGGUUUAUUUGAUGUAUCUUUCUUCUUAAAGGUGCAUCGAGUGUUAUUAAUGUCCAUGUAAAUAUUAUAGGUGACCCAUUUGUUAAUGCAUAUUGUAUUCGUC